AUGACGAGCGCGACGACCGGAAAAGAAGAGAGUUGGGAUCCGGAGGAGUACGCGAUCACGCCGUCCUCGUUCGAGAUCGUCGCGAAAGAAAAGGUACAAAUCGCGAAAAAAGGAGGGAAGAAUAAAGGAAAUUAUGAUGAUGAUGAUGAUUACGACGAGCAAAACCCACAACGACGACGCAGAGAAGACAGAAACGCGAUGAUGCCGACGUUGAGCGAGAAGAUGUGGGAGAAAUUAUACGGGAAUACACCGAAGAGCAUGGAGUCCUUAAACGCGCCUUGGCACGCUUUUUUGGGAGAGGAAGAAGAAAACGCCAAGGAGGAUCGAGGCAGCGUCGACAACGGGUCGGGGAAUCAAAACCAGCUGAUGCGACAGAGGGAGAAGACUGAUUCUUUCGCCGACGCAAAGGCGGCGCCGAUUACUGUGCAGUACGCGAACACGAUUGAAACCAUGAGAACGACGCAUAGUCAUGCACUCGUGAGCAGCGGUAGUGGUAGUGGUGGUAGGAGUGAUGCUUCGGAACGAAACAGAAGCGAAGCGAACACCGCCGCGUGGUUUCGCGGAAGGUGUUUAGCCGUGAACUGCGGCGAGGUGUGCACGGCGCAAGGGUAUUUGUGCAAGUUUCACAGAGUCGCAAAAUCGGUGAUUUUGGAACGGGACAAGAAUAAGGAGGAGGUGCGAUGGUGUCAUUACUGUAAAAAAGUCCAAAAGUUGAGCGAGUUUACCGAGGAGAGUAAGACGCUGUGCCACGCGAAGUACGUGUUGAGAUGCAAGAGGAGCAAGAAGAACAGAGAGAUGAGUCAGAUAAAAAGACAAGAGAAAGCUGCGAUGGAAGGUAGAAGCGGUGCGGCAAUAAUGAUGACAAGCACGCCUACGACGACGGCGAUGGACGAGCAUUCGAGAGAGCAGACAUCCAAUACAACUACUACCGAUGGGACGUCGUCGAUGGACGUUGGCAGCGCUCGCUCGGGCGGAAGUGGAAAUAUCGCGAAUAUCGCGAAUAACAACGCCGUGACGUCCAACGCGCAACAUUAUUCAGAGAAAAGAAAGAAGGCUUUGAAAAACAACCGCAAAUCGAGGGAAGGCACCCCAGAGGAACUGAUGAUGUCGCCGGAGAAUCCGUUCUUUGCCAACCUUCUCGAGGAGAACUUUUUAUCUCCAAUGGGUAAUAUGAACACGAAUAACGAUGAGUUCGACUGGACGUCUACGAUCGAAAUCACUAAUCAUCGCGUACGCGUAGACGCGCACCCGGCAGAUUUCAUGGUCGAUAACGAAAUGGCCGCUGCGGCGGCUGGGACGGCGAUUGUGAAUCCGAACAACGCGAUCUGGAAAGAGUUGAGCCAAGCUGGUCUCGUCACCAACGACGAUCAUCAAAUUGAAUACGCUCAAAUCGCUCCUGGAUCGACGAUUUUGUCCUGGCAAAGCUUCCGCCAAAUUCAUACGGCUACCAGAGAGGACUUCGUUAUUCCGGACGAUACGCUGAAGGAGAACGACUUCACGCGCGGCAAACCAGUGAGGGAUUCGUCGAUAUUUUUGCGAAACUUUAUGUCGUACUCUGGAUUUCGUUCGCGCGGUGGUUCGACUCGCGGGCGCGCCUCGACAGAACAGGCAGUGCAUGCGCGAAGAUCGCGCGGAAAUGAUGGAUCGAUUGAAGUCUUCAAGACCCAUCGAUCGCACUUGGCGUGGGUGGAAGAAGCUGGAGCUCCGCUCGUUGCUGUCGUUGGUCGCCCAUUCAUGGUUCGUUUGGGUGCGGACUUUCGUGCAAACGCGAUCACAGCUGUGCGAGCUUACGGUGCGUUUGGGACGAGAAAAAUAUCUGCCGACGAGUUCUCGCCGAGCGGCAUCGCAACUUUCCCGGCGGAAACUUUCGCCUCCAUGGCGAAUUUCAACGGCACCGGUGGAGGUUUGUUUUGGAUUCAGUUUGAAACCGUGGAUGAUCGUUGCUCGAUUCCGAAACCUGCAUUGAUUUUACCAGAUUUACAAAUGGCUGUGGAUACGCAUCUCGCCUUGCGAAGUUUACGGAGCGAACACGCGAUGCGUUGCGCCAUUCAGGAUAUCGGCAGCGUACUUUCCUUCGCGGAAAGCGGGUACAUGUACGAAGAUGAGAUGCGUGAGUGGUUACGAAGCAUCAUUCGCCAAUGCGAACAAUCUCCUCCGUUUCAAGACAAUGCGAGAUCUUUGAUUGCUUUGUUGCAAACAGUCGCAGAUGAAAUAAAGGAACACGAGAAAGAAAUGAAGCCAAAAGCUGACAGAACGAUGACGAAAAACAAUUAUUCGGGCUCGUGCGAGGCUACGGAUGUUCAUUCGGAUUCAGACGUGUUGUAUUGGGUUCCAAUUAACCCGAAUAUGCACGAAUACGAAAUUAAUGACUACUUCGAAGAAUGGUACGACGACGAUAUGAAUGAGUUUCGAUACGGCAAUCGGUGCGCGAUGAUGGUGUACGGUCAGGUUGUAUAUGGCGCGUGUUUUCUUAUCCACUUGUUUCGCUUGGCGAGUCUUUUUAACAUCCAUCCUUUGUGGGCGUUUUGGUGUAACGGCUCCACGCUCUGGCUCUCAUUCAAAACUAUUUUCACUCCCGGAGGAAUGAAAGAGUAUUCGAAGCCGAGAUAUUUCUAUUUGGGUGUGUGGUGGUCGUUCUUCUGGUACGGACGAGUGGUCACGCCAAUCAUCAUGAAGGGGCAUGAGCAUUUGGAACGCGCACGAACGAUGUUGACCGUGUGCAUCUUCGUCGCGUGUACGCUGGGAUUUUGGCACUUGAAAACGCGCGACGCGAUUGUUGGGCCAACUUUCACAGUAUUGUUCUGCUACUACGAAUUCAUAUACGCUUCGAUAUAUUCCAUCGUGCAAAAUGAAGAUAGGAUGGUUCAUAUUCGAACUUUGCUCACCGAGUACGUGCUCGUUCUAAUCGGAGCAGUCUUUACGACGUUGUAUUUGCAAGUUGCCGCGAAAUCCCUCGCACUUCGAAGGUGUAAAGCCAAAAUGCACGAAGCGAGGAUGUCUUUCCGGGGGAAAGUCAAAACAAUUUAA